UAAUGCGAAGCCGCGUCAGUUGUGGUUCCGGCCGGUGUGUGAGAGUCAUUGUAGCCGGAGAAGAUGCCGGAGCUUGCGGUAGAAAGGGUGGUGGUUCACCCGCUGGUCUUACUCAGUGUGGUGGAUCAUUUCAACAGAAUUGGGAAAGUUGGAAACCAGAAGCGCGUGGUCGGUGUCUUAUUAGGCUCUUGGCACAAGAAGAUCUUAGAUGUUUCGAAUAGUUUUGCCGUUCCAUUUGAUGAAGAUGAUAAAGACGACUCCGUCUGGUUUCUGGACCACGACUAUCUUGAGAAUAUGUAUGGCAUGUUCAAGAAAGUAAAUGCUCGAGAACGGAUCGUUGGCUGGUACCACACAGGACCCAAGCUGCACAAGAAUGACAUUGCAAUCAAUGAGCUGAUGAAAAGAUACUGUCCAAAUUCGGUUCUUGUGAUCAUUGAUGUGAAGCCGAAAGACCUGGGUCUUCCCACUGAGGCAUAUAUCUCAGUGGAGGAAGUUCAUGAUGAUGGUACUCCAACCUCUAAGACAUUUGAACAUGUGACCAGUGAAAUUGGAGCUGAGGAGGCAGAAGAAGUAGGAGUGGAGCACUUGUUACGAGACAUCAAAGACACUACAGUGGGGACCUUAUCACAGCGUAUCACAAAUCAGGUGCAUGGGCUGAAAGGACUGAACUCCAAACUGCUGGAUAUCAGGAGUUACCUAGAGAAAGUAUCUAGCGGCAAAUUGCCCAUCAACCACCAGAUCAUCUACCAGCUCCAGGAUGUCUUCAACCUGCUGCCAGACGUAAACCUGCAAGAGUUCGUCAAAGCCUUCUACCUAAAGACUAACGACCAGAUGGUGGUGGUGUAUCUGGCCUCCCUAAUCCGCUCAGUGGUCGCCCUUCACAAUCUCAUCAACAACAAGAUCGCCAACCGAGACGCUGAGAAGAAGGAAGGGCAGGAGAAAGAAGAGAGCAAGAAAGAAAGGAAAGACGAGAAGGAGAAGGAGAAAGAGAAAGAGAAAGAAAAGAACGACGCAAAGAAAGAGGAAAAGAAGGAGAAGAAAUGAGAUUGUCACUGUUAGUAUUUGUAUGUAUGCUGGUGGAUUAAUAGUCUAAUAAAAAUAAGAUAUGCCCGA